AUGGUCGGGUGGGACCCUGCUGGACCAACUUUAUGGAAGUGCGACACAGCUGAAGAUGAACUCAGUGGGACUUCUUAUGGCGCGAUGCUCAUUCUUGCCAAGAUCACGCGCCUCAUGAACUCCAAGGCUAAACUUCACCAUGAUAAAGAUAACAAGAGAAAGAGGAGUUUGGCUUCUCGCGCGGAUGUUGUUGAUUACCUGGUGCCCUAUAGUUAUGUACGAGUCUUCCAUCCUCAGAUCCCGUUGCAUAAGAAAAUUGCAAGUUUGGUUGUUUUUCAAAUGUCGAUGGACCAUGACGCUCGAAGGGGUUAUGCUACAUGGACUAAUUUGAACCAGAACACCUGCUGUGCCCUUGGAAAUACAUGGCUUAUACCCAGGAGGACUGUCUGGGGUUACGAGCUGAACAAAUGCUACAACUUUAAGGAAAUGCCUGAUACAGACUGCCGGGAGUAUAUCGGAACCAAGGAAAAAGGAGGUUGCUCUGGGGGUUUGUCCCCGCAUAGUGUCCUGGUUCGGAUGAAGGGUACAACUGUAUCUUGCACUUCAAAGGUGAUUGCACGAAUCUGUUUGAUCUUGGAAGGAAAAAAGUAA